UUGUCUUCAUAGGAGGAGCUCCAGCCCUCUGAUCACCUUGGUGACCCUCCUCUGGACUUGCUCCAGCAGCUGCACAUCCUUCUUACUUUGGGGGCCCAGAGCUGGAUGUGCUACUCCAGGUCUCCUGGGACAGCUGAGAGCCAUCACCAUGAUCCCCACACUGCUGUUGCUGGGUCUUUCAGCCUUUAUUGCUCCAUCCAUGAGUUACAGUUGCUAUGGUGAUAUAAGCGCUCUCCAAGCCCCCACUAUCUCCUGUACACCUGCAAGAGCCCCUGACUGUGGAAAUGCCAUGAUACGGAGGACUGCUGAGGCAGACCUCGUACGCCUGAGGAGAUAUGAGAUCCCAAUUAAGAGAGUAGCCAGAAACCUGUGCUUGGACCCAGCGCUCAUCGGUGCCAUCAUGUCUCAGGAGAGCCGUGUUGGCCUGCUCCUGGACAACGGCUGGGACCGGGGACGGCAGAAGUACGGCCUGAUGCAGAUCAGCAGGCAGCAACUGCAACCUUAUGCGGCAUGGGAUAGUGAAGAACACAUAAAUCAGUGCUCAAAUAUGCUGGUUCUUUCCAUUAAUGAAGUACGGGCAAGACAUCCUACCUGGACCUGGGACCGGCAGCUGAGAGGGGGAAUCUGCACCUACCAUGCAAAAAUGGGCAACCUCCAGGCCUACGAGGCAGACCCAUGCAGCAGAGACUACAACUACGUCAAUGGCGUGAUUAGACGAGCCCAGUACUUUAAGAGAAAUGGGUUCUAGGUCAUAAACCCACCCUGCCACUGAGCCUCCCCUCUGCAGACUGGCCCAGCAGUGAUUGUAGUGCCCAGAGCAGUUCCUCAGGUCUUCUGGCAGGACCGAUGCUGGUGGCAUUGCUGAUGCCACCUUGCUCACUCCAGAAAAUCUCAGCCCCCACUCGCUGAUGGGUGAGCUCAGUACUGCCUUCCAGGAGACGCCCAGGCAUGAGAUCACACAAGCCUGGGGCUUUUGAAAGGCAGAUGGGGACAGACCAGCAAUGUUUAAAUUUCGAGUGAGGAAGGUGACUCUUCCUGUUCAAAGCUGCACCCCGGAGCUCUUUGUGCAUCUCCCAGACAUGGACACAAACAGCUCUCCCUGGGUAUCAGCUGUGCUCUUCCCAUCUGCAUCCACCUCCUUCCCUCUCCAUGGCCAAUGCAAGGGAUAAAUACCCUGCUUUCCUUCCCUUGGUGCUGCUGACUAAGGAGCAAUGAAGAGACUUUCAGUGAGCCUUUGGUCUCUGCAGUGGCUGAGUGUUCCUGUAGCCAGCCUUGAGGGGGACAAUACUAAAACAUGUUUUGGUUGGUCUCCUGAGUCCAUGACCAUGGUGCAACUAGGAGCCUCAUCAGGGCAUCUGUAUGGAAAAUACUGCAAGUGUCACAGCAGGCAAAAUGCCUUUCCAUCAGAGAGCAGCCCUUGGAGCAGAAGCCAGCCCCAUAUGUACCCAUGUCAGGAGCUGUAUCACAGCAGUAGUUUUGGUAAAUAAACAUCACAAUCUUUCCUGCUUUAGCUUUGGCACAUUUGUGCUGAGUUUCUUCCAAAUUUAAAAGCAUUUCAGCAUCUGUCCCUCUGCCAGGAAUCCCAGUUCCUAAUAGAAGUGAAUGAGCUCUGGCCUGUUUGAAAGUGGAUGGGUCUCUCAGUGCCAAUUUAUUAAUUAGAGAACAAUAAUGAGAAUAAGAUAGAAAUAAAGAUAAAUGUUAAAUCCCAGUGUUUAUUUAAAUUUUUUUUUCAGUUUCAAGGGGGUCAGUGGGUAGCAAUCUACAGCUUGAGUAAAUAACCCCAUUCAGUACUAUUGGAAUGGGU